GGGGAGGGACCAGAAAGCGCGCGCCCUACACAGUGCUGCAGACACGCGGAAGACAUAAGAUUUUUUGUAACCGCGCGCAUCUCUGCCCCUACGGCGAAGCUCAGCUCAACCGUUGCGGUCUGCCGCAGCUCGCGAGUGUCUGCGAUGCACCGUUAAUGUCACUCGAGCGCGGGGUCUGUCAAAGUCACUUUCAAGCUUAGACUUCCACUUCCGUGUAGAGGUCGCGUGCUUUAACGUCAGCUCAUUACAGGAAGCUCUAAUCUGCGCGUAAUCCUCUACAGAAGCGCAGAUUAAAGGAACUGUGGGAGACGGGAACUAACGUUGACAUCACACUCACGGGAAACUACGCUACGACAGCUGUGGAGGAAUGCCAGCCGGGGUCUGCGGGUGCUGCGGGCCUCUCCGGCCCCGCUACAAGCGUCUUGUGGACAACAUCUUCCCUGAGGACCCAAAGGAUGGCCUGGUGAAAGCGGACAUGGAGAAGCUGACUUUCUAUGCUGUCUCCGCCCCAGAGAAGCUGGACCGAAUCGGAGCGUACCUGGCAGAGAGAUUGAGCCGAGACGUAGUCCGACACCGCUAUGGGUAUGUGGUUAUCGCCAUGGAAGCGCUGGAUCAGCUGCUGAUGGCGUGUCACUCCCAGAGCAUCAAGCCGUUCGUGGAGAGUUUCCUUCACAUGGUGGCCAAGCUGCUCGAGUCCCGGGAGCCGGACCUGCAAGUACUGGGGACCAACUCAUUUGUGAAGUUUGCGAACAUUGAAGAGGACACCCCCAGCUAUCACCGCCGGUACGACUUCUUCGUGUCUCAGUUCAGUGCCAUGUGCCACUCCACACACGAAGACCCCGAGACACAGACCAGGAUCCGUGUCGCUGGUAUUAAAGGGCUGCAGGGGGUGGUGAGGAAGACGGUGAACGACGAGCUUCAGGCGAUCAUCUGGGAACCCCAACACAUGGACAAGCUGAUCCCCUCACUCCUGUUCAACAUGCAGGACUCAGACGAGACAGAGGGGCCGUCAGGAGAGGAGAAUCCGGCGUCUCUGGCUGAAAGUUGUUUCCGGGAGCUGUUGGGACGAGCCGCCUACGGCAACAUGAACAACGCCGUCCGUCCUGUGCUGGUGCACCUGGAUAAUCAUCGACUGUGGGAUACUAAUGAGUUUUCCGUCUCCUGCUUCCGCAUCAUCAUGUACUCAAUACAGGCACAGCACUCUCACCAUGUGAUCCAGCAGGUGUUGGGACAUCUCGACACACACUCUAAGAACACGCCACGUGUGCGCGCAGGAAUCGUGCAGGUGCUCCUGGAAACGGUUGCCAUAGCAGCCAAAGGUUCAGUAGGGCCAGCAUCUACUCAUAGGGGCGGGGACUAUACGUGGGUUAACCCCACAUGUUCCCCGCCCAAUCUCUGGUUGGGGCCCACCGUGUUGGAGGUCUUUAACACACUCCUGAAACACCUGCGUGUGUCCGUGGACGGGGAGCUGGCUGACGGGAGGCGGGUUUCCAACUGCAGCGUGUCAUCAUCCCGCGCCAGAGACAGAGAGAGCGUGUCAUCGCUCCGCGCCAGGGACAGAGAUAGCGUGUCAUCAUCCCGCGCCAGAGACAGUGAUGAAAGGAUUGUCCAGAAUGCCAUCAUUCAGACCAUAGGCUUCUUUGGGGGAAACUUGCCAGAUUACCAGCGUGCUGAGGUCAUGAUGUUCAUUAUGGGGAAGAUUCCUGUCUACGGCACGCCCUGUCACUCACUGGACACUGUCAAGAUUGGGCAUCAGGGCACUAAGAGGAUCCAAGCCAUGUUGCUCAACUCUCUCAUCAUGGUGACAUCAGGCUUCAAGUCUAAGACCAUGUGUGCGGCUCUGCCUGCCGCCUUCCUUGAGCCCCUGUGUUCCGUGUCUCUGAUGGAAGAUUCCGAGCUCCGCCUCCUUGUCCUGGAGAUUCUUCACAACAUAAUCGAUCGCCAUGACAACCGAGCCAAGCUCCGUGGCAUACGAAUUAUUCCUAAUGUUGCUGCUUUGAAAAUCAAACGUGAGAAAAUAUCGAAGCAAGAUGUUACGUUCAUGAAGAAGCAUGGUCAGCAGCUGUACAGACACAUCUACCUGGGCUGUAAAGAGGAAGACAACGGCCAGAAGAACUUUGAGCUUCUCUUCACGGCCCUGGCUCUCGUCACCAUCGAGCUGGCCAACGAGGACGUCAUCAUCGACCUCAUACGCCUGUCUUUAGCACUCCAGGACAUGGCUCUGACCAAUGAGGAGAACCUGCCCAUGUUCAUCCGCUGUGGCAUCAUGGCGCUGGUCGCCGCCUACCUCAACUUCCUGAGUCAGAUGAUCGCCAGCCCUGGACUGUGUCAACACGUCAGCAAGGUGAUUGAGUUGAGGAAUCUUGAGGCUCCAUAUCUACUCCCAGAGCAUGUAUUCCGAGAAAAGUGUCCGCUUCCAACAGUGCUGCAGGCUGAUGACAGGGCGGUGUUUUUCGGUGUGUGUGACGUGACGGAAGCACUUUGUGGCUCGGCCUACAGUGUGGAGCGCCUGCCCAUCCCUUACGUUCCCCAGGUUACAGUAUUGUACACGGUAGGAAAGAUUCUUCACAGGUGCAGACAGACGUCCAGAGACCGUCUGAGCCGAAGGAAGAGCUUUGUAGACACCAUCUCUUUACAACUGGAUAUCCUGUCCAACAGCCUACCAGAUAAGUCACACCUUGCUGAGGAGAUCACCUUUGAGACUCUGAAGAAAGCGAUAGACACCACAGGUCUUGAGGAACAGGAGAGGGAGAGAAGGCGUCAGGUAAUGGAGAAGUUCCAGAAAGCUCCAUUUGAGGAGAUCGCUGCCCACUGCGAGUCCAAGAAUAACAUGCUCCACGACCGGCUUGCACAGAUCUUUGAGUUAACCAUCCGCCCGCCCCCCAGCCCAUCAGGCCCCGCCUCUAUCACGUCUGGACCCGCCCACUACCAAUCCGUUCCUGUCUAUGAGAUGAAGUUCCCUGAUCUGUGUGUGUACUAGAGGGGGGUGUGUGUGUGUGUUUGGG